AUGUUGUCCCGCGUCCAGAUCCGAGCUUCAUCGCGGAUGUCGCAGUUAUCUCGCCAGCUCUCAGGACAGACGAGAACAAUGGCCGGGUACAACAAGACCAAAUUCCAGCUCAACACGGGCGAUGAGAUUCCAGCAAUCGGGUUUGGCACAUGGCAGGACAAAGAGGCCCAAGAGGACGCGGUAUAUGAAGCUCUGAAAGCGGGCUACAGACACAUUGACACAGCAAGAAUAUACGGCACCGAACCUGGCGUGGCCAGAGGGAUUUUGAAAAGUGGAGUUCCCAGAAGCGACAUCUUCAUCACCACAAAGCUCUGGAACAAUUCCCAUCACCCGGACGACGUGGAGGUCGCAUGCAACGCAUCCCUCAAAGACCUCCAGACCGACUACCUCGACCUGUACCUCAUGCACUGGCCGAGCCCGUUCGCCCGGGGGGACAAGCUCAUGCCCCAACAGGACGGGCAGAUCGUGACCGGCGACACCGACUACGUGGACACGUACAAAGCGAUGGAGAAGCUCGUCAAGAGCGGCAAGUGCAAGGCGAUAGGCAUCAGCAACUUUUCACAGGCCGAGCUGGAACGACUGCUCGGCGAGACGUCCAUCGUGCCCGCAGCUCACCAGGUGGAGCUGCACCCGUACCUACAGCAGCCCGACUUUGUGGCCUUCCACAAGGCCAAGGGCAUCCACAUCACGCAGUACUCGCCUUUCGGCAACGCCAACCCCAUCUACGACAAGGGCCGGAACAUCGGGAAACUGAUCGACGACCACGUCCUGUCGGAUAUCGGAAGGAAGUACGGCAAGAAUGGCGCGCAGGUGGCGCUGGCAUGGGGCAUCGCAAAGGGCCACAGUGUGAUUCCCAAGUCCAAGACUCCUGCACGCAUCCAGGCCAACUUUGAGGCUGACUUCAAGCUGGAUGCCGAAGACGUCAAGAAGAUCGAUGCGCUGGACAAGAAGCUGCGCUUUAACGAUCCCUCGCAGCGGUUUGGGUGGGAUUUUUACGCCGAUCUAGACGGCAAGUAG